AUGAGCAUAAUGGUCGACUACGACCUCAUGGACGAGAAUACCGCCGACCCAAUGUACCUCGAGUAUAUAACCCAGAGGAAGGCCUACCUUCACUACACUCGCCUCAACCAUAAAGCGGAGCUCGCCGAGUGUCACGAAAAUAAUCGGAAGGUAGAGGAUGCCAUCCAGGCCCACAUUGGGGAUCUUGAUAACCUAGAAUAUUACGGGGACACCAAAGCCACUGCAUCAUUUAAAAUGAUACUUUAUAGGCUGGAGGAGUUGAAAGCAGUUAAGGUUGAUUUUGAUAGGAUCACUGAUGAGGUUGAGCGACUUAUCAAAUAUCUGAAGACCGAGGUUGGGGAGCUCGAGGUCGAGGUCGAGUAUAAUGAGCAGUUGGUAGAUGAGGCGGAGGCGCGUCAGAUGGAGGAGUAUGAUGCGGAGAUCAAUGAGAAGUACAUUAUCACCAACGCUCCCUUCCACCCAAUCCAAUCGGAGGAGAUAAACCAGCACGAGAAUGCUCAGAUCAUCAAGAAAGAAGAGGAGGAUUAUCACUACAAGAACGGCAUCAAAGUGGAGGACGUCGACUAG